CUGAGCACUGUUCUCGACUUUGAUCAGUCUUUCGUCGUCUGUCUGUCGCGUCACUCAAUUCGCUGAUGUCGCUGAGCCGUGUGCGCCUCUGCAUUGGCGGUCUGCCGGCGAGCGGCGCGCUGUCAACACGCGACCUGGACUUUGUUGCUGCAAUCCCAUCUCCAGCAGCCAUCCGAGCAAUCCUGCUGCAGGCCUCGCAACAGCAGCAGCAGUCUCAGUCGGGAUCCAGCAAGAAGGAGGAUGGCAGAGCGACUGAGAACGACUCGGACUACGAGUCCGACACCGAUGAUCAUGCCGAUGCCGAUGCCGAUGAUGCUGCUGAGAGCGGUGAUGACGGUAUCGAGGCAGACCAGGCUGAGGACGACGACGACGAGUCAAAGCCUCGUGUCGCACUGACUGCCAAGCAGCUCGUGCUCGUGCCGCUGACCUCGCCGCAACUACCGCCAGCCGCAAGCCACGCCCAUGGCAAUCAUCAUCAUCAACACCAGUCUGCUGUUGCAGGGGCCGGCGUGCGGGUCGCGUCGUCAAUGGUCCGUGUCGCAGACGCCCAGCUCGUGUGUGCCAAUCUCGUCCCUGCAGCGACUCUGAAGAGCAAUCCUGAUGCUACGCAGUUGCGUGCGCAAGCGCUCUCUCAGAUGGGCAGUGGUCCUCGCAAGUUGGAGGCCCUGAAUCCGUGGACUUGUGGUGCUCACGUCGCAGAGGGAAUGCUCACUGACAAGACUUCCGUAGUACUGAGCACCGUUGUGCCAGAUGAUGAUGCAGCAGUGGUGGAUUCAGCAGCAAGCGCAACGAAUGUGCCAUUUCAUAGCAACUUCCAUCAGCUGGAUCAGUUCCUCUUGCUGGCUUUGUUUGCCCGAUCGCAGUGCCUGGAACAUGGCACAAAGGCGCCAAACGUUGCCCUGCUCCACGGACCUCAUGGAACGGGCAAGUCAGUGUACCUCCAAAACGCGGCAGCUUCUGCUGGUGCAAGCUUUCUCAAAGUCCGAGCAUCCGAUUUGUUCAUUUCGCACCCCGGUGCGGUCGAACGUGGCUUCGAGCGCUGGAUGGUCCUCGCCCAGAAGCUGCGGCCCUGCGUGCUUGCCAUAGAGGACGCCGAUGUCAUGUUUCCGCAAGAGCCUGCUGGCUCCAGCACAAGUGACAGUCUCGGUGGUCAUCGUGACGGAAUACAGGACGAGAACGAUGCGGACGCGGACGAUAGCGCGAGCGAUCUGUCCAAUGCCGAUCGCGACAUGCGCCUUGUCUACUGCGCAAUGAGCUUGUUUGAUGCUGCUGCUGCUGCUGCAGCAGCAGCGAGUCACACCUCACCACAGGGGAUGACUGAUGACUUUGGCGUGGCAAUAGUCUUGGUCACGUCUCGUGGCGCUACUUCCAUCCACCCGCUCAUCCGCAGCCGCUGUGAUGCAGAAGUUUCCAUUCCGCUCCCGGCAGCAGGCUUUCGGUUGCAACUGACUUCUCACUUGUAUCACAACCUCGUGUCGCGCCUACCAUGGCCAUCGCCACCACCGGCGGUCGUCCCCGCCACUCAAGAGCACGACCUCGUGUCAUACCUCGUCGAUGCCUGUCAAGGAUUUUCCGGAGGCGAUCUCAUGCAUCUAUUUGCUCAAGUGGAACUGGAGGCUAUUUGCCAUGCCGCCUGCUGCCCUGACGAAUCCUCGCCAUCCGUCUCCCAAACCCUCUCUAAAGCAGCGUUCGCCCCGCAUGUGACCGCAGCGCGCAAUCGACUCACUGCGUUAGCCUCGCGGACUGCACACUCGGAUGCUGUGAGCACAGCAGUGCGAUGGGACGACAUUGGUGGCCUGGACUUGGUCAAGGCGCGCCUCAAAGAAGCGGUGGAAGGUGUGUACAAGCACGCACGGCAUUAUGCGCGGCUCGGGAUCUCCCCGGUGCGAGGAGUGCUGCUGUUCGGGCCGCCUGGGACUGGCAAGACCUUGCUCGCCCGCGCCGUGGCGACCGAAUCGCACGCCAACUUUCUGUCCGUGUCGGUGCCUGAUUUGGUGAAAGGGCACGUUGGUGAAUCGGAGCGAACGCUGCGUCGCGUAUUUGCUCGGGCCGUGCGGCUUGCUCCCUGCGUUGUAUUUAUCGACGAGAUUGAUGCCUUGUUUGGCACGGUGCUGGAUGCGCAAGCCACGCAGGACGCCAACGCAGCAGCGCCUCAGCAUGGGUUUCAAUUCCCACCGCGAACUGCCACCAUCCCCAAUUCCAAUUCCACUGCGGCGUCGAGUCUCGAGGCUGCGAAACCGGGUAUGCGCUUCAACUUUGCUCCUCGCCAACCGCGCGAGGGCACUUCUACCCUCUCACCGGCCAACACGAUCAAGCCACUCGCUCGUGUUUCGGCUGCUAUCGCACCCACACCCUCCUUUGACCGGCCUGCCUUGUCCCUGACAAGUGCAUUGCCUGUCGUGUCGUCGGAAAUGGUGGUCAAUCCGUCCGACUUGUCGUCGGCGACCGCUGGCCAUUCGACCAGUGCGAAGCUGCUCGCCCAGCUGCUCGCAUCCAUUGACGCAGCCUCUAAGAUUGACGGCAUCAUCAUCCUUGCAGCUACCAAUCGCCCGCACGUGCUCGACAAGAGCUUGCUGCGUUCCAACCGGCUCGAAUCGCAUCUGUUUGUCCCUCCGCCGACCGCCCCAGAACGCGAGAGCAUUUUGCGCGUCCGCUUGUUCCCAGGCUUGGACAGAGCACCUUUGGCAGACGCAUCCGUGGACCUCAACUGGUUGCAGCAAGUGACGGAAGGUUUUACUGGAGCCGAUUUGGCGAAUCUUGUCCGCGAAGCAGGUGUUGCUGCCAUUCAUCGGUUUUCGACCUCGUCGGCGCUUAUAAGUGCCAUGUCGCUGCAGAUUGGUCGCGGAGACUUUGAGCAAGCACUGCUCAGGGUGAGUCCCAGCACAAACGCUGGUCAGCUGAACGCGCUGAAAAAUUGGGUUCAUUCGCUGUAGAUCUCUGCCCGUCGUUGGGGGUAUCCAUUCAUUGGAUUCACCCUUGUUCUACCAUGUUAUUCGCCUUGUCUGGCAAAAGGCUGAAGAGGCGGGGCAUUCAGAAUUGGUGGUUGGUGCAAGAAUUGCAAAUUUGACCUUUGCGACUCUUUGGUCCCCUCGACCACAGCCCCACGACACGACAGCUCUGCCUUGUACUCAAUUUUGUCUCGUCCAUGCAAAGUGUGCUGUAUGAACAUCCUGCACCGGGCUGUGUCAAAUUUUAUUCAACUAUUGCACGACCUAUUUGGUUGAUCGCUCUCUCUUCUUUCUCAAUAGUAAGUCGCCAUUGAUCCAAAG